UGAAGUCGGAGCCAGUAACCCAAGGAAGCGAUUGACAUAAGACACGUGUGAGAAUGUUUAGGGUUUUCUCCCAUGUAUAUCUCUCGGAACCCUUAUGUUCCCCAAAGCGUUAGGGAUCUUUUCUGUGAAUUUCCAGCUUUUCCUGCCUUAGCUGAGGAUACUUCCGCUUCCUGGAUUCCACUCAGUCCGACAAGAUUAGGAUCCAGUCUGAGAUCACCGUUCUACAAGGUUGACUGUGGCUGCAGGAGGCAUUGUUCCUGGGAGAAGGAAGGGAAGCAUGUGUGCAGUUGAUCAUGGAGGGUUGCUGUGCCAGGGUACCAGUUGGGAUACUGGAAAAUCCUCCACAAAGGCUACAGGUGAUCCUGGCAAAAGCAUUCUGCUUUUUGACUUCAUGAAUCAAUCUGACUUCAUGAGGCUCAUGUAAGUGAAAUUGCACAUCUGUCCUUCUUUGCCUUGCUAAUGUCUCUUAAUAUAAAUUUUUGUGUAUGUGUCAUAGAAUGUAUCAGAACUUUCUUUUUAAAGCUGGUUGAUAUUUUACACAUUUCCUUAUUCACAUCUGUUGCGUACUCUUGUAAGAUGUUUGCUUCUCCUGUUUUCCUCUCUAUCCCUGCCCUUUCUCUCUCUCUCUCUUUCUCUCUUUCCUGUCUCUACUUCCUCAGUAUCAAGGAGUACAAAUACCUAAGCUCUUCAAGGCUGUUGAAGACAAUCUUUAUGUAUUUCUGGCUUUUUUUUUUAAAUAAAAAGAUCAGGUGCGUGGACUUGUCUCGGUAUUAAAUGUGAUCCCAUUUAUCAGUAUGUCUGUUUUUAUGACAAACCAUGCUGUAUUAUUACUAUAGUUUUGUAGUACAAUUUGAGAAUUGAAAAUGAUGGUACCUCUAAUAGUUACUUUAUUAUUUAGAAUAUUUUAUAUUCAGAAUUGUGUGUAUGUGUGUGUGUAUAGUUAUAAAAGAUAUUGUUUACCUGAUUUCUCUCACAGUCCAUUUGUAUUUGCUCAUAGGAAGAGUUCUGAUUUUCAUGUAAUAAUUUUGUAUUCUGUAACUUUACUGAAAAUGUUUCCUGAUGGAAUUUUUAGGGUCACAUAUAUAAUACUAUCAACUGUGGUUAAAAGUCCUUUAACUCCUUCUUUUCCUGUUUGUAUUCCCUUGUUCUCCUUUAUUUAUAUUAUUUUCUAAGACUUCAAGUUCUAUAUUGAAUAGGUAUGGAGAGAGUGGGCAUUCUUGUCUUGUUCCUGAUGUUAGUGGAAAUGCUUUGAGUUUCUCUAUUUAGGUUGAUGUUGGCCCACUAUUAGACAGCUUAUGGGUCAAGAAGAAAUGCCAAGAAAAAAAUUCAGAGUUCUCCUCACUAAGUAAGAGAGACAGCCUUUGAAGUCGCCCUGGGGCCAGCUGUCAGCUUUGAGAAGCAGUGCCUCCUCACAUAUGCCUGCACUCAGCUACGGCAGCCCGUGCCCCUUAAACGAUGGCUGCACUUGGUCUGUCUCCCACAUUUGGUACAUAAGACCUCAAGGCCCAAGGGUAGGACAAGUACAAUUUAGGACACCCUACCAUCACCGUUGCAUGGAUUUCUUUUAGAUUCUUAUCCAGGAGUGUGUGACAUUUCAAGAUAUUGCUGUGGAUUUUACUGAGAAAGAGUGGCCCCUGUUGGAUUCUUCCCAGAGAAAACUAUACAAAGAUGUAAUGCUGGAGAAUUAUAGCAACCUGACUUCCCUGGCUCCUAAGUCUGCCAUGUCCACCUUCAGAAAACUCUGAAGACCAAAUUAUUUCCCCUGGUGUGAUGGGAGGGUUGUCCUCUGCACAGUCCCCCUUCCAUAUGUGUCUUUCCUGGCGAGUAGGGUAUCAAGUUGGCAAACCCAGCCUCAUCUCACACCUGGAGCAAGAAGAGGAGCUGAGGAUGGAGGAGAGAAACAUUAAAUGGGGUGCUUCUCUAGAUUCAGGAACUCCAUCUCAGAUAAAGUGGUCCAUUGUUGUGGAAGAUAUUUUUGGUGAGGAAACAUCUAAUGGAGUGAUAUUGGAAAAAUCUCAUCUUUUGGAGAAAUCAUCUGAUUUCGCCCAUUUACUUGAUGUCUUCAGUAUUGGCCCUCACUUAAGUCAGCCAGUUGGAAGACCUGUAAACAAGAGGCCCUGUCACCGCCACAGCUGUGGAGUUGCUUUCAAGAAGAGGACUCACCUGCCGCAGCACAUGAACUUGUAUGAUGGGAGAAAAGUGCAUGAAUGUCACCAGUGCCAGAAAGCCUUCACCACCAGCGCUUCUCUUACAAGGCAUCAUAGGAUUCACACUGGGGAGAAGCCUUAUGAGUGCAGCAACUGUGGCAAAGCCUUCAAUGACUCCUCAGCUCUAAGGAGCCACGCAAGAACUCACCUGAAAGAGAAGCCCUUUGACUGCAGUCAGUGUGGUAACGCCUUCCGGACUCCCUCUGCUCUGAAGGUACACAUGAGAGUUCACACUGGUGAAAGACCCUACAAAUGCGAUGAGUGCAGCAAAGCCUACGGCAGGAGCUGCCACCUCAUAGCCCACAAGCGGACACACACUGGGGAGAGGCCCUAUCAGUGCCAGGACUGCGGAAAGGCCUUCCAGCACCCCUCCCACCUGAAGGAACAUGUCCGGAACCAUACUGGGGAAAAGCCUUAUGAGUGUACACAGUGCGGCAAAGCCUUCCGUUGGAAGUCCAACUUCAAUUUGCAUAAGAAGAACCACAUGGUCGAGAAAAGCUAUGAGUGCAAAGAAUGUGGAAAGUCCUUCAGUGACCUCCUAUCAAGGAGGAAACACAUGAGACUUCAUAUUGUAAAGAAACCAGUUGAGUGUUGCCAGUGUGGGAAAACCUUCCGAAACCAGUCUAUCUUGAAGACACACAUGAACUCUCACACUGGAGAGAAACCUUAUGGCUGUGAUUUCUGUGGAAAAGCCUUCAGUGCAAGCUCCAACCUCACUGCACACAGAAAGAUACACACUCAGGAGAGACACUAUGAAUGCCCUUCCUGUGGGAAGGUCUUUGGUGAUUACCUGUCACGGAGGAGGCAUAUGAGCAUUCAUCUUGUCAAGAAGCAUGUGGAAUGUUGUCAGUGUGGAAAAGCUUUCAGAAACCAAUCCACCCUGAAGACUCACAUGAGAAGCCACACAGGCGAGAAGCCAUAUGAAUGUGACCAUUGUGGGAAAGCCUUCAGCAUAGGUUCCAACCUUAAUGUACACCGAAGGAUUCAUACCGGGGAAAAGCCCUAUGAAUGCCUUGUUUGUGGAAAAACCUUCAGCGACCAUUCAUCCCUUAGGAGUCAUAUGAAAACCCACCGGGGAGAGAAGCUCUUUGCCCCAUCCAUGUGGAAAAGGCUUCAGUGAGUACUCAGAUGUAAAGGAAACUUGACAGGUUUAAGAAGUCACAAAUCUUUCAUGAACUCUCCACAUAAAAAACGCAAAAGGUCACAUGGAACUUGGGAUAAAUCCAGUUUGUGGGAAAAUUGAAAAGACUUGACUUGGUAUUCAGCACUUGUGAUCUCUGUGAGAAAACAGGGAAUUGGGAAAAUUUUUGUAUUGAGUAUCAAGAAAUUUUCAGCAUAGUUCAUAAUCUGAAACUUAUGAGAAUUUAGGAGAGACUAUUCAACUUGAGUGUUUAGUGAUAAAAAUCAGCAAAAGUUUAUGGGCACUCCAAAGUGAAUCUUUAUCGCUACAGUGACUAGGGAACUCUUUCCUCAUCUCGCGUUUGUCCCAUGGGUAAGAAAUCAGAGUAAAGAGAACAAUCUCAGGAGUAACACACAGGAAAAACUGGAUAAAGAGGUGAGCAAGCUAGCCAGCCUGUUUAUUGUUGGCUCACAAGCAAAAUGCUUGUUCUUUUAAAAGGCAAAAGGCAUCUGGAAAAUAUCCUCCAUGGCACUGACAUACACGCUUUUGUAAAAAUCUUUUUCAGACAGUAUUGAUUCUCAACCUGGGGCAGUUUUGCUCUUCAGAGCAUUUGUCAAUAUCUGGAUAGAUUUUUGGUUUGAUAAUGGGGAGAGAGGUAUGACAGGCAUAUAGAAAGAUGACAUCAGUAUACAACGAUAUCAUUGUAUCAAGUAGCCGACAAAUACACAAAAGUCAUCCAUGUCAAAGAAUUAUGUGUAGUACUAUACUAUAAUCGUGCUGAAUUUGAAGCUAUCAUUCAUUCCUCAACUAUUAUGACCUCUGUGAAUACUCAGAUUUGGAGAAAUUUUUGCAGCUUUUUAACAGAAAAAAAAAAUACAAUUCAGUUAUUUCUGGAAAUGUGUGAAAACAUACACUUCUGCUAACUCUCUGUGAAAAUGUUAAUAGCCAUAGUCUCCUUGUGUCUGAAUGUAGAAUUAAUUGUAUUUACAAGUCUUUCAUAAUGACAACAUAAUGAUCUUUUUAUUUUUAGAGUUACAAUCUUCUGAAUAACUCUUAGGCCUCUUUACAAAUGGUAUGUAGAUACUAUUUUCUUUGGAAAACUUAACCUGAUUUAGAACUCUGUUAUGUUAUGUACUGGGUAAUGUGAGUAUUUUUGGUACCUGUGUCAAAUGCAUUGUGAUUAAAGCGCGAAGCUUCCUAAUGUAGGUCCUUUGGUUGCUUGUGACUUUCUGUCAGAAAGAGUAACAGAAUUCUAGUUGCUUCCCCAGUAUGCAUUUUAAACUCCCAUAACAGAAGAAUCACAGUUUUAUUUGAUGAGUAAAUGGUGCUACUAUAAGAAAUCAUUUGCAGUUUUUCUUGCAACUAGGACUUUCUACAUUCUUUUUUGUUUGGUUUGGUUUGGUUUUUUGUUUUUGUUUUUGUUUUCAAGACAGGGUUUCUCUGUAGCUUUGGAGACUGUCCUGGAACUCACUCUUGUAGACUAGGCUGGUUUCAAACUCACAGAGAUCUGUCUGCCUCCCAAGUGCUGGGGUUAAAGGCAUGCGCCACCACCCAGAAGUAUUCUCUACAUUCUAUGACCCUGAACAUUGAUAAACAGAGGUCUUUGGCUUUCUGAGAAAAAGAUCUUGGAGAAAAAAAAAGUCUGAUUUUUUUUUUUUAAUUCAUUGUGUGACCCAGAAGAUAAAAACUACAGUCUAAAGAGGACACUCUAGAAAAGUCACAGUAAUCCCAAUCUGUACUGUGACUUCUGAAAGACUUUACAGUGGUGCUCAAUUUAUUGUACCUAGACUUUCUAUUACCUGAGAAAACAAUAAAAUUCAUUACAAGUUUACAA